CACUCAUUUUUGAGACUUUCUCCCCGCCAGCAGCGACAGAUGGUCAGUGACGGAAAUGCACGGAACACCUAAGUCUGGUCCUUCUCCUCAAUCCCCACUGCCCGAAGGUGAAGGGUCCGUGUUACCUCUAGCAAGUGUUGUGGUGCCACGGUGGUCGUUGCCUAACGCAGCACAAGACCAUCUCAAUAAGCGUCUGACUGUAUGCUUUCUGCUCACUUCCUUUUUCUUGAAUGAAUACUUGAUACAUGUUUCCCUGUUUCCCUUCAGCCAGAUGAGCGGUGGAUGAGUAGAAGGGGGGAUGAGGAGAAAGUUGAUGUCAGCCGCCGCCUGUUACUCGUUGCGGAGCUGUCAGUAGUAACAGUGUGCACUCUUCAGUUCCUCCUCAACACCACGUCCCUCUCUUGACUCUGGCUCGGCUUCGUUUCCUUUCCUCACCUCGAGGCAAAUCCUACAUAAUAUAAACACAGGACACAAGAAGUGUUUAAUUGACGUGUGAUCCAAACAACCCGCGCAUCCACCACGAUCCCGUAGAGCUGAGUGAGUCGGGUUCCUCCGUGAAGGCAAUGAUGGGCUACGCGGGGCUGUUGCUUUUGGCCUGCUGCUGCGCCAUCACCGGAGUCACAGCUGAAGAAUUCGCCCCUAAGUCACCCUCCGAACACAAAAUCAACUUUGGAUGGCCUAAGUUCUUUAAUCCGGAGAUGGGGAUGAUGCGGGAGAAGAGCGCCAAGAAGGGAACGGCUGACAAGGAGUAUGAAGGCAAUGAGCUUGACACGAGCCACGAGGAUGAUGAAUACGAGUCUCUAAUUGAUUACACGCUGAAGGGCGGUCUCCGAGGAACACUGCUGCUCCUAAAUUCCACUUCGGUUGAGGAUAUGGGAAACAUCACCAGCAGCGAGAUGGGGGACCUAAAGAAGGCGGCAGAGAAAGCAAUGGAAGAUGAUGAAGAAGAGGCCGAUGCGGAGGGUAAAAUGGGGGGAGAGGUGACGGAGGAAGGUGUGAGACUUCGCCUUCCACUCGUCACGAAGAAACACCCCGCCGAGCUUGGUAAAUACGGAGCCAAAAUCACUUUCUACACCGGAGAGGAGCCGACCAAGUUCAUCUACUAUGGUAACUGGUGUGGACGGGGAGGAAGGAGCGCUCCCGUGGAUGAUCUGGAUCGGUGCUGUCUGGAGCACGCCAGGUGUUACGGCCGCACUGUUCGCCAGUGUCCCGAUGUGUGGAAGAAGCCGUACAAUCAGAUGUACGCCUGGACAGUGCUGAAGGAGGAGGUGAUGUGCGUGAGGUCGGAAGCUUACUGCGUGAACCACGUGUGUAACUGUGACCGUCAGGCCGCCGUCUGCUUCCAGGAGCAUCUCUCCCGCAGCGCCACUCACCUGGGGACCAAGACAGCUUAAUGUCAAGAGUGUUCCUGACAGUCUCAAGUCAUGGCAGUAACCACAUUAGGUCUUGAAAUUGUUGCGCAUGUAUUGUGUUUUUACUUAUAUUCUAAAAA